AUGAUCGCCGAGGAGGACAAGCCACUCAUUGGUGGCUCUGCGCCAGGGCACCGCAAGAGCAAGCCAAGGCAGAGGAUGGAUGGCUACUGCAUGCUCAACGCCGACUACUUCACCGACGAUCCGCUGCACGACGAUACCGUAUUCCGCCAUCAUUUUUGGAUGAGUAGGAAACUCUUUCUGAAGAUAGUCGAGAAUUUGAGGGAGAUCAACUACUUCAAAUUGAAGAGAGACUCCGUUGACGAGCUUGGUUUCUCGACAAUUCAGAAAUGCACAGUGGCUCUUCGGAUGCUUGCCUAUGGAAUUGCAGGUGAUACACAGGAUGACUAUCGGAUCAUGGCAGAGUCCAUGGCCAUUGAUUGCAUUUAUAGAUUCUGCAGGGCAAUUGUGGCGGUGUUUGGAGAGACCUAUUGA